AUGGAUCGCGAGUCACUGCGCUGUGAACGGUGUGCGGGACUGACUGUGGAAGCACCGGAUCCACGGUCGAGCGCCGAACAACUCUAAACAAGAUCCAAGGCUAAAAGACGCGUCAUUAACUCGCCGAGGAAGCGAGUAAAGCGCCGAACUGCUGGAGUUUCCCCAUCUGUUUAUAUCAUUGAGACGAAACUGUGUGCUCUUUUUGGCACACGAGCCAGCAGCGGACAGUAGCUGAGAUCCCGUCUAUCAGCAUGCACUGAACCGCCAGAUUAUACAAAAUAAGAAGCCGCAAAACUCGGGAGUUUACUUUUCGUGCAUUUUUUGAAAGAGAAUCCAAAUGGAAUUGGACAGAUAUUUUUGGCAGUCCUGCGACUGACAGUUAAGCUUUGUUCCUGGACACUUUGAACAUGGAUUUAGGUCGGUAAAUUUCGGACAAAAACUGUUGCAUAUCCAAAGCUUAUCUCUAUGAUCUGGGAUCAAAAACGAAAGGAGUCUAGUUUUAAAUCUGACACAUGAUCAGGACCGGAUUUGUUCACGCACCCGAACCCCAACACGGGAUUGAUGGUCCUUAUACCUGUGUUCAUGUCACUCACCCCCUAUCUGGCGUGAUUUGACCUUUUGUAAGGCUACUAGCUCACUAAUAGAUGAGUACAAUAAAACAGUCACGCGCUGCCGUCUACCUAAGUGCAAGGUAGCAGCGAUUUUGGUAAUAGAGAAACGUUGGCCCAGAAUCCGCCUGUGCAACGUUGUGCGACACCUUUCCCCCUCCAGGCAACGCUAGAAAAAUUGGAUUUGGAAGUUGAGCCAUGGAGCCCCUCCGCUUGGACGCCUAACCUACUCUUUUGCAUGUGGUUCGGUAACCCGGAGUACAGUCGAUCGAAAGGAUCUUAUCUUCUUGCUAGCUUGUGUCUCUCUCAGAGAACCCUGUAAGAUGGCUGGAAGUGACGGCUCGUGGAAAUAUUACCUCUGGAUUCUGACAGCCAUGUGCAGAUAUGCGUUACCCGCAGCCAAAUCACUGGAGUCUGUCGUGUGGAAUUCACAAAAUCCCAAGUUUGUGUCUGGGAAGGGCUUGGUGAUCUACCCUGAGAUCGGUGACAAACUAGACAUUAUCUGCCCCAAAGGGGACAUUGGGAGACCGUAUGAGUUUUAUAAACUCUACCUGGUGAGGAAAGAGCAGGCAGAGUCCUGCAGCACCAUACUGGACCCCAAUGUUCUGGUGACCUGCAACAAACCAGAGAAAGACAUCAAAUUCACCAUCAAGUUCCAAGAGUUCAGUCCAAACUACAUGGGACUGGAAUUCAAACGCUUCACAAACUAUUACAUCACCUCAACUUCUAAUGGAACGCAGGAAGGGUUGGAAAACAGAGAAGGUGGGGUUUGUAGCACGAGAUCCAUGAAGAUCAUCAUGAAAGUGGGCCAAGAUCCAAAUGCACCAGAUCCAGAUUUAACAGACCUCCCAGACAGGGACCAGGACAAUGAGAUCAAUGACCCCACAACCAGCCCUUCCCGCAAGAUAGACCAAGGCCAAGACGGAGAUGGCAACGGAUCCAGAAUGCCCGGCAGAGGCACGAGAAACCAGGAUAACGGUCCCGGUUCAGUAGAAGGGAUUUUUGGCUCUAAACCGGCUCUUUUUGCUGCAAUCGGAGCCGGCUGUGUCAUCUUCCUCCUCAUCAUCAUCAUCCUCAUCGUCUUGCUCCUCAAGCUUCGCAAGAGAACCCGCAAGCACUCGCAGCCCAGGGGCGGGACUGCCCUGUCACUCAGCACUCUAGCCACGCCCAAAGGAGCGGCCCAGGCUGGCUCAGAACCGAGUGACAUCAUCAUCCCCCUGCGGACAACAGAGAAUAACUACUGUCCACACUAUGAAAAAGUGAGUGGAGACUAUGGGCACCCCGUCUACAUAGUGCAGGAAAUGCCACCCCAGAGCCCCGCCAAUAUCUACUACAAAGUCUGAGAGAACGAGAGCGAAGCAACCGCAAUAAGAACUUGUUUUUGUAAGGUAUUCUGACUCUUUUUUUCAUUACCUAACCCCGUCUGCUCCGUGUGUGAGAGGAUGGAGAGGGAGAAGUGGAAAGGAGGAAUGAAAAAGACUACAUGGAUGAUAUUCCUCUCAGAUUUCCUUCCCUCCGUCCCUUUUCCGAACACUACACUGUGUGUAUGUGUGUGUGCCGGCCGCUCUCGAUGUGCGUGAAAUGGUAGAAAACCACCCCAAGUUGCGUGGCACUCAGGCACAGACUUCACUGCUGAAGAACAGCCGACAACCAAUCACAGAGGGACACUAGAGUGACAUCACAAAGCAGGAAGCUCUCAUUCGUGUGUGUUUUUUGUACCUUUACAUCUCUUCGCUUAGUUUUUGUCUCUUUUUCCUCUCACACUCCAUGACAGUGUUUUGUUUUUAUCAGUAUCAACCCGAUUCUUGCAGCUUUCACAGUGUCUCGCUCAAAGAAAUGUCUUAAGCACUGUUACGAAUGCCGAUCUCUUUUUCACACACUCUGUAUGUCCUCUCAUCUCAUUUCCUAGCGUCUCUCCAGACAUUCAUUCAUUUUACAUGCUGUAGAGGCAAUUGAACAAAAACACACACUCACACUCAUACACACACUUUGGUGUUCACCGGUCAGUAACAAACAGCCUCUUGGUGGAAAAGUGAGUGAGUGAAAUAGGGAAUUUAAUAUGUAAACACCAGUGUCAGACCUUCCAGAACUCCCAGUCUGCUCUUUGUUCAGUUAAGAAACAUUUCAGUUGAAAUCCUCUCUCCUCUCAGCCGAACACAAGUAGAUAUUUGCUAUCUGUUGUCAGUGAUGCGUGAAGUGCUAAUAUUUGUAUUUUGCCAUUAUUAUUUUUUUUCUUAUUCUGUUUCCCAAAGGUUAGUAGGUCAAAAAAAAAUAAUCUUUAGGGAUUUGCCUCUACACCAUGAGCCUAUGACCUCUUUCAGUCACAAAACAUGCUAAUGCGUAUCUUUGCAUAAUUUAGUUCACUAACAUGUCUUUUUUUGUGUGUAUAAUUCAUGUCUCGCUGUUUGGAUGUAGACAUGGACUCUAACCAGUAUGACCGUGUGUAUGUAGAGUCCCAUGCAGAAGCCAAAAAUCCAUCGACAUACAGAACAUGUGAAAUUAUGCCUUCACCUCUCCUUCCUCUCAGAUAUGCACAUAAAUUAUCCCUGUUUGCAUACAAACACGUACAGAAAAAAAAAAAAAAACAUAAUCAUCUACGAAUCCUGGAAAAUCUAGUGCUAGAUCUAUUUUUAUAUGGACUGCACGUGAAAUGAUAAACGGUAAACAGUGGCGGCAGGUGUGUUUACGCCUAUGCUAAUUUAAAAUUAGCAGCAUUUGCAUCUGGCCUCCAGCGCAGCCAAUCAGAGGAAGCCCAAUAUUUCUCUGUAGCUUUCUCGUAAAAUAGAUUUUUGAAAUUAUAUUUCGUUUAAGAUUUAUUGCUGUUGUUUUUUGUUGUCGUUUCCUCUUAAUUUAGUUUCUAAGGCCCGAGAUUAUGUAAAUAAUGUAUGUUGGGAAAAAAUGUUGAAUAUAAAGUUCCAUUUUAUUAUAGACCCUGUUAAUUAAAAUAUAAUUAGGAUUUUUGAAAAUGCAAAAGCUUUUGUAAAUAGUUCUUUUUUGGAAAAAAGACAUUUUGUAAGUAAAAUGUUUCCUGUCUCAUGGUUUUCUCUUUUAUUUUAAAUUGUUUUUUCGUUUCGGUUGGUUUUGAUUAAGGAGACUUAGAGGUCCCUGUAGAACGGGUUUUUAAAGGUCAGCCUAAAGCAGCAAAAAGACAUGUAAGUCCCUUCACAUACACACACACACACACUUUAUCCUCCCUUUUACACAAGGGAAUGAUGGUAUUUUUGUUUUAUUUUGUUUCAAUUUUACAAAUGUUGUGAUGGAAUCAGGUCAAAUAUUCCAUGACAUGGUUCAAGGAGGAGGAAAAGAGGAGAGAGAGUUAUUACUCAAGAAAUGCUUAAACACACACACUUACUGACUGACCCACCAACCAGUCAUUCUUAUAGCACACAAUAUACAUACAGUAUAUAUAAACACCAUUAGAUACAGGGCAAGCACCAGCAAACUACAUUAACAAAACUAAACCAGCAACAGCUUGUGCAACUAAACUGAAUAUUUAUGUAUGUUUGUCUGUGGUUUAUGGCAGAUCAGUUCUAUACAAUUGACAUUAGAAGAGCACUUUUUGAAAUUCAUGGCUUUAUUUUUACAAUUGAAAUGCAGGGGUGCACUGACCGCACCAGUCAGCUUGUGAAAGUACUAGUCGAAGUAUCACACUGCAAAAAAAAAAAAAAAAUCCCAGUACAAAUACCUAAAUAUCUCUAAAAAAAAAAAAGAGAGAUGGAUUUUCUUUGUUUCAGAGAAAUAUAACAGAUUUGAGUGAGGUUCAUUCUUAAAAGAAGAAGAAAAAAAAAAAAGAAUUCAGUCGUCAAUAUUUAAAUAUUUUUACUGGAAAAAAAGACAGUAAGGAUUUUUUUUUUUUCUUUCAGUGAAUUAAAAGGUUAUCCCAAUUUUGGCAUCUCUGUACAUUAUUUAACAGCAAAAGCUGUGAAUAGUUUGUGUAGUUUUACAGAUCAGUGCUGCUGUAGUGGGAUCUUAUUUAGUGACUGACUGUCUUUAGCUGCAGGCUUUUUGCAGCUUAGCUUACACAUUUGGUUCGCGGCACUCUUAACAGCUGUAAGGCAUACACUUCCUUUGACGUUUGUCUGUACCACAACAAUAGAGUGAAGAAAAGUCAGCCAUCUUGUUUAUCAGAAUAGACUUGAGGCUUUGAUUCCUCUCUAAUGCUGCAGUCAGACCCCUGUGAUGUUGUGUGGAUCUUUCAGACAUCUGCUAAUAACAUUUCUCCCAGUGAAGUUGACUUAUUUGAGGUGAACUUAUUCAAAACUCAAGUACUCACGCAAACAUACGCACACACUCUCAUACACACCCAACCCCCUAUCCUCUGCGGCAAAGAGACAGAUUGGUGGUGACUUUUAACCCUGUAAGGAUUAUCACAAUAUUAUGAGAGAGACAAAUCUAAUGAGAAAACCUUUUCUCUGGCCUAGAUCCAUCCCCAUUACACACAGUUCAUCCACUCUUUCACAAAAUUUACUUGUUCAUAGAGCGGGUCAAUGCAGUGCUGAGGCCUUAGGCCAACCGCGACUCCCACAAAAAAUGUUCACAAAAAAGCUUGUGCUGCACAAUGUUUCCUCCUGCUGUUGCUGAUUUUUUUAUUAUUAUUAUUCAGUGAACUACAUUAUUAUUGUUAUAAUUUUCUUUUACUAAGAUUUUGUUGCAGAUUUCAGUAUUAUUGAUUUAAGUUUUGAUGUAUGUGUUGGCAGUGCUGACGCCCCUGUGGCAACAGCGUUUUUUUGUUUUGUUUUUUUUUUGGGUAGAAUUCACACAGUGUCCUCAGAGUUCCCCGAUAUAUGACACUAAAGCCAAGUCUCAGCCCUCAGAAAGCGUUUUAAAAGGAUAAAUAAAGUUUUUUCCUAUGGAA